AUGUUUCUUAUUAUAACCUGAGCUUUGAAUAGUCCACUUUUACCUCCAGGUGAAAUAUGUUAACAUAAUGUGCCCCGAGAAACUAAAUAGCUGGUAUGCUAAUUGUUUUUGAUCCAAAGAUAAGUCGUACACUGUGGACAUUGUUCAGUGAAGCGGAGCCAUGUUUUUGUCACAUGAAGCAGGUGGAGGUUCACUCUGUAUAUGAAUCAGGUUCCAGCUUUCGCUUCUGCAUUUCUUCUCCUUCUCACGCUGGAGGCAGAUGCUCUUACAAAUGACAUGCAAAUGCAUCAAGUUCUGUAGAAAAAAGGAGAAGCUGAAACCAUAAUUUAAAAAAUAAAAAACAACAAAAAGAUCAGAAACGAUCACGGAUCUGACUUCCUGAGGAAAAGUUUUAGGCCAAUAUUAGUUUCAGUUCAAGCAGUUUUGAACUCCACAAUGAGGAUAUAUUUUACAACUAUUGUCUGGUUGCUGACAGUCAGGGGAAGUUUACCUUUAGAAGUGAAGAAUAAUGGAGCGCCCCUCAACACUCCUUGCAAAAGUGCAACAGUGGACCAAACAGCAUACACUGGAGAUUCUGUUUCCUUCACCUGCAAAUAUUCACAGGCCGAUGAAAACAGCAUCAGAAACUUCUGCAGACUCGACGGACACAACGGCUGCGCGAAUAUAAUUUCAGCGCAGCUUUCAAACUACACAAAACUGGCAAAGAUUUCCCUCAGCGAUGAUAAGCAGCGAGGAUUGUACAAGGUGAACAUCUCCAUGGUGACUCAGCAGGAUUCGGGCAAAUACUGGUGUGCCUUGAAAAAAGAUGAUUUCAUCACUUGUUUGCAGGAAGUCGUCCUCCAUGUUCUGAACCCGGUUACAGUCCAGACUUAUCUCGAAAAGGGAGAGUCACCACUACCACUACUACUAGUGACGAUUAGGUCCAACAGGGAUUCUGAUCAUGGUUCUGGUUGUGGUUCUGGCUCUGGUUGUGGUAAGAAUGAAUCAACAACAGACGAUGAAAAAGGAAGCGGAGGAUCAAAAACAGACGAUGAAAAAGGAAACGGAGGAUCAAAAACAGGAAUGAUUGCUGGUAUUGUCUGUGGUGUCGUGAUCGUGCUGGUGCUUGCGAUUGUCUUAAUACUGUGCAGACGGAAACUCUGCAACAGACAAGGGGAAACAUCAGAGCAGAAGAUAAACAUAAUACAAAGUGCAGAGAGAAACGAUAGAGAUCACCAAUAUGAAGAGAUACAGAUACAGAACAAACAAGCAAACACAGUCUGCACUCUGUAUUCUACAGUGAACCCACCUGCAGACCAGCUGCACUACGCCAGCGUCAAUAUCCAGGGCGGAGAUCCCACCACUGGUAGUGAUCAAAAUGCCUCUGCACAUCCUCCAGCAGAGACCACUCUCUACUCUAUCGUCACAAAGCCUGGAGAAUAGAGCAGCCAAACUUCCUGCGUGUCUUUUCUGAAACAUGUUGUAGAGAAUUUGAUCUUUUUCUUGGUACUUAACAGUGGCGUCUACAAGGGGGGGGGGCAGAGAGAGGGACCACUGAGAAAUGCUGGCCACCACAGUGGUGCCCCCCGAGAAAUUUAUUUCAUGUCAUAUCUUCUUCAGUGAAGACAUAAAUGUAAACAGGCAAAGUAAAUAAAUAAAUGAAAUUCUAUAUUUUUUGUAGCUGUGACGCCCUAAAAUCGGCACCCUAUGAGAAUGUUCAGGGGCUGCAGGGAUUUUAAAGAAGGAAUGUCUCGCGUCAGGAAACCUUUUGAUUUCUUUUACUCCAAACCCAACAGAGAAGCUGCCAGGAGCAGCAGAUCCAGCCAGGGGCGGAGAAUCGAGAGGAGGGCGAAUCCUUAACUCUGUCCUGCUGAGCCUGAAUCCUAUGGUGUUACUGCAGCCUGAGCUGUUAAUGAACUAUGGGAAAUGUAGGCUGCCACUGGAAUGGACGUGCUGAUUCUUUGUUUUGUUUGCUUGUGAAUAAGUGAAACUCUGCAACUGUGGAGUCGGAACUGUAUUUGGAGUUUUUAUUUUACUCAUUUCAUGCAUUAAUGUCUAUUCUUUGGCUUUUUUGUCUUGAUUUUAGAUAUCUUGUUUGACUUUGAUCAAAUAUUGUAUCAGUAUUAACAGCUAACUUUCCUUCAGAAAUAUUUUUUCCAUCGUUUGACAUGUAUUCUGAACCUGAGUUUCAUAAAUCACAAUGAAUUACAACUGGAAAA